AAGAGGUAGAGCGCGAGGUGGGCGGCAGGGAAGGGGCGGGAGCGCGUUUCGAAACUCGAAAUCUAACGAGGAGGGUACACUCAGAGCCACGCGAGCGGCCGCGCGACACGGUACGAGUGUGUAUAUUCGGAUGCCGGGGUGAACGACGUCCGCGUUAUGUGCAUCGAGAAACGUGCGAGCCACGCGAGGCUCGCCUGUGCCGUCCUGUUUCUCGUGGCGAUUGCUCUGCCGCUCGGGUUCUGCCAAAAUGUCGGGGCACGCGGCACGUCCGGGGACAGGAUGGGAUCGGAUCGUUCCGGCGACGAUUCGCACACUUUGGGAACCCAUCGGCAGUAUAGCCGGGACGCAUCUUUUGAGGGAAUGGAGGCUCUCAAGGAAAACAGAAGGACGCUCUCGUCGCGAGGCAUUAUCAAAAAGCAGGAGGAGACGGAAGCGGAAGCGAAAGCGGAGGCCCGCGGCGAUGAACGCGAGGACAAACACCUCCUUUUGUCAGAAAAUGGUGCGAAAAUUCCGCCUCGGCGAGACGUAAAUGUCACGACCCCGAGCAAGCAGCAAGAGGGCAACUUCGGCAGUCGGACGCGCAAAAAGCGUCGUAAAAGCAAGGAGGGACUGGCGGGUGCCGGUGUCAAGGAUCGCGUGCACGACAUCACCGAGGACAGUCGCGAGAACGAGAUAAGCAAGCGGGAUCGAUCGCCACGGAAGAGAAACGACCCCUUCUCGAAGUCGCGGCCGAGGAGUCGGGAGGCGCGAAAGUCCCGCGCGGAACGACGAAAGCGGAAAAAGAAGGACCGGAAGGAGCGAGACAGAAGUGGGAAGAGCACGCGGCGAAACAACAGGCGGCAGGACGUCGCGCGACGAUCGUUGAAGCGCAAGAGAAAGACGCACGAUGGCCUGAGCGGACGUAUCCCUGAAAAACUCGAUCUCGCCGGGAUUAACACGUCCGAGCCGGCGAUAGAGAACUCGUCGAGCGUCGCCGCCGAUCGCGCCUCGCUGACGGAGACCACCGACACGACGACGACGUCGUCGAGUCUUCAACGUCGUCCGACACUCGAGACGACGAGCAGGCUGAUAAGGACGACGCCGCGUCGCGGUGUCUACGCGGCCGACACGGUGGAGAGGGAAUUCUCCAAGCAGCUCGAAAUGGAGAUCUCCAAAUCCGCCCUGAAGGAUCCCUCGAUCUUGGAUGACGGUAUCUUCGAUACCGCCCCGAAGAAAUCGUUCGGACGGGGCGCGGAGUCGAGCGCGGCGCGGGAGGGUAAAAUCGAUUUCGGGAGCUCGCAUUACGACGCCGAGAAGAUGCUGGGCUACUCGAGGACCGAGGAGGACCUACCGAUUCUGGAUCUCGAGAACGAGGUGCUGGAGAGGACCCUGAAGGACUACAACGCAUAUAUGACGUCGCGGCUGAAGCCGUUGUCGUUGCCGCGCUACGACGAGCUGCCGAUCCGUCGCGCUUCCGGCGCACACCCGCCGAGGAAGCCGAUAAUUAAUUCCGAGGAGAGCGUCGAGGAGACCGGCGACGGAAACGCGGAAGUCACCGGCGUAACGGGAACGUUGCAGGACGACGGCGGCACGAAAGGGGACUUAUCUUGCAUAAACGGGACGUUCCUGCCGGCGCCUCUAUCUCGCCACGCGCUGAUCAAAUAUGUAAAGUCCUCGACCCCGGGGCACGAGUAUUUGGAAGCCGAUUACGAGUGUGUGCCGGGCUACCGUAUGGUAUCCUCCGCGAGCCGAUUACUCUGCAGGAAUCGUCAGUGGGUCGGACAGGUGCCAAAGUGCGAGAUCGAGCAAAACCCGAACGGCGUAUGCGCCGAGGCAUCCUGCGAGCACGUUUGCAACGAAAUUAACGGGCGUCCCGUCUGUUCCUGCUACGAGGGAUUCAGAUUGGACGGCCGCAAAUGCGUCGACAUCAACGAGUGUUUACUGAACAACGGUCACGGUCCCUGCCAGGACACCUGUCGAAAUCUCGUAGGAGGGUACGAGUGCUCCUGCGAGGGCUUGCAAGACGCGUCGCUGGCCGCUGACAAUCACACGUGCGAGCGUGACAGGCACACGGGUCCGUGCAGCGUUAACAACGCCGGAUGCUCCCACACGUGUCUGUCCACGAUGGGCCGGGUGUUUUGCCUGUGCCCCGACGGCUUCAUGCUCGAGGACGACUGGAAGACGUGCCAAGACGUGGACGAAUGCUCGGUGCCGGAUCUUCAGACGGAGCUGUGUCGCUACGGGUGCAUUAACACCCCGGGCUCCUAUCGAUGCGCGCAACCUAUGGAGCUGAAGGAUCAGCCGAUCUUGGACAGCCUGUCCAUCACUUGCCUGCCGGGCUACGAGAAGACUUCCCACGGGUGCAUCGAUAUCGACGAGUGCGCGGCUGACAACGGUGGUUGCAGCGAGGUGUGCGAGAACACCGACGGGAGCUUCUUCUGCGCCUGCGACGGGGACGAGAAAGCCCUGUCAUCCGACGGGAAAUCCUGCGUAGACAUAAACAGUAUCGCGUGCCUGCCGUUAAAUCCGGUCGAUCGCGGCUACUUAAUAUGCUCCCGAUCAGCUACGUCCAAGUUGUGGCGCGACAGGCGAAAAGUGCCCAAUCGACCCAGCACGAGGUGCUUCCUCAAGUGCCCCCGUGGGUAUCAGCUUCGCGGUGAGUACGAGUUGACCUGUCGAUCCGACGGCACCUGGGACGGACCGCAGCACGGAAAGUGCGUCAGAUACAGCAAGCCCCGAUUGGAGUGUCCGAAGGACGUCGUAGCCGAAUUACCGCCGGGCAGGGACGAGGCGUUCGUGACCUUCGAUCAACCGGCGACGGAUCUCGAUUGGUUCCGAUACGUGCGAUCGAAGCCUUCCUGGGGCACGCGGCUCGAAGCCAAUCUGGAGCCCGGCGUGCACGAGGUCACAUUUUUCGCGCGACACCCGGUAUCGAAGAAGCAGGCCAGCUGUGUAUUACGCAUUAUCGUCAAAGGUGGCGAGGCACCGAAAGUCAAAGACUGUCCGGGGGACAUCGAGGUAGUCGGCAGAAAUGGAACGGCGAUCACGUGGACGGAGCCCACCUUCACGGAUAACGUCAAGGUGACGCGGAUCAGCAAUAAUGAGAGCCCGGGUCGUCGCUUCGACGUCGGCGGCCACAGGAUCGAGUACGAGGCGAGCGACGAGGCCGGUUGGUCGAGCAAGUGCGUCUUCGUCGUGGUCCUUCGUCAGUCCGAGUAAACGACCGGAGAGGUGCGACGGGGAAGGAUCAGGGAUGCGAGAGAGGGAGAAGAAAGGGACGAAAAGAGAGAUAUAUAGAGAGAGAGAAACGGACGGAGAGAAGAGGGAAGAAGCAGUGCGGAAGAAUAACGAUAAGGUUACACGCGGGAACACAGUGAGAAAGAGAACAGAUAUAUCCUUUCGCACGUACCGGUGCGUCCCUUUCUCAGUCCUCUUCCCCCUCGCGUACUCGCGACACCUUGGGCCCCAAUGAAGAUUUUUAGGACAGGGAUGGAAGUACGUAAAAACGAUUAGCCGCUAGAUUUAUGCGAUCGAACUCCCAUCGACUGCCACUUUUUGAUAGAGUAAACGUAACGAUAGUUCGUAUAGCGUUGUGUACGAAGCAUUUCAUUGUACGGAGAUCAUUGUCUUGCGCAGACGGGGGGGAAGGUGGGACUUCUUUCCCAGGUAGAAAUGCGGAAGCCUCGUGUAAAAUUCGCGUUCGCACCUCGUGUAAAAUUUCUGUAAAACUUUUUGCGCGAAGCCUCCUUGAUUUUGUUAAUCAACGCGCUAUCGCGCAUUCCUGCCUUCUCCUCCUAAUCACCGUGUCGACGCAAUUUAUUUCGUUGCAAUCGCGAAAAGAUGAUGCCAGCUACCAGCUACAUAAUGCGUUAGUAAUCACUUUACGGGACGAAAUUCGCGUUAUCGAGUCUCGCUGCACGUUGAACAGAGAUUAACGGGCGCCGAUUAGCGCCUGACGUCUCGUCGAUGCGAACUCUCGAUGAACUUCCGAGGUGACGAGCGCUCCUCGCGAAUAUAUUCCGUGGUAAUUAACGCGGCUGUCUCGCGCACGGAGGCGUAUACCCGCCACCGAAUUUCUUGCUCGCGACAAGAUUCCCGCCGAAUGUGUGCAUCCCGCUGACAAGGCCAGACAAUGGGGGAUCAACGUGCGUUGCCAUCAAAAUCACACGCGGGCACCGAUAUUCCGAGCGAGCUGACGCGGAUUAUCAGUGCAGUGUUAAGUUGCAUGAGUUAUCGCGCUUUAAGGCUAAUGUUUAGGGAUGUUGAUAGAGAGAAAGAUAAAUGGACGGAGAAAAAGAGAGAAAAAAGAGAGAUACAAAUUGCUUCCUCUCGUUGCUCGGUCUUGAGAUUACAAAAUUUUUAAAUGUCUUACGCAAUACGAAUGAGGCAUAAAUAAAAAAGCGAGCAAUGCGAUAUAUAACAUUGUUUUGUUUUGUACAACUUAUUGUUAGUUCAAUAUUGUUUAUUGAAUUAAUUUGUUAGUGUUUCGCUGACUGAAUGGAAUAAUUGUAAUUUUUAAUUGACAAUGAUUUUCUUACGGUAAAACUAGUGUACUUCAAACUUCUUCGAACUUUCUUUAACUACCAAGAGCAUACUCAUAAAUUCGUCGAAUGUUUUGCAAAAAUCAUUGCCCUCUCCUUAUUAUGAAAUAUUAUUGUUUUCUUUUCUCUCCUUUUCAACUCCGCUUUUAUAUUAAAUGAUGAAUAACAAAUUCUCGAGGUGCGGAAAAUGAAAAGUAAUCCCGCGAAGUACGGUUGCGAGAGGUCUGUUUACAGAGAGUUGGCGCGACGAAUAAUUAACUGCCGUCUAAUUACAACGUACCGGCACAAGCGAAACGCGUAUUUGCAGGCAACAGAAAUCCCGCUUUCUUAAAACGUCCCAAUUACCGAGACCGCCGUCGGUUCUUCUUUUGUCGCAAAUAAUUAUUGGUUACUGUUUACGUCUCGAGACCGACGGGAGAGAUACGGAAAACACGCAAAUGUGUUUGUGUGCACGCUCUCAUUAAUAGGCGCGCGCGCGAAACCAACAAUCCGCGUUUGCAUCAUUGAUCAAUGAAUAUAGUGUUCGUUAUGUAAGCUGGUAGCGACCGGCGCGUUUAAUAAUCGCGGCGCCCGAUGCGGUUUUGCGUUUCCACCAAACGACGAGACAUCGUAGCGUAACGCAAAAGGGGUAAAGGAGAAGCGGACUACCGUAAAAUGAGCUCAGAUCGCACGUGUAACUUUACGCCACGCUGAACGGAGAAUCGCGUCGCAUUUAACAGGAGAAAACAUCGCGUAGCGUUUAAAGGAGAUGAUUCGUUGCGUCUUCUCUUAACAAAAAUUAAUUUCUCGUCGAAUUCGCACGGUUUCGUAACUCGAUGUGUACAUAAUCUUGUUUUUACGUAGAAUUAUACAUGUAUAAGACUUGUGAAAACUUUUAUAUAUAAUUCUCUCUAUCGUGUGUUCCUAAAGUAUAUCCCCGCGUCAGUGUGCGAUCCAACCCCAUGUCCGCGGUAGCGCAAAAGACAGAUGGAUAUUUCGUUUACUAUUUAUUAAUAUUCCUCUACACCGUCACUCGCAUAUCAUUGUUACGAUCGAUUGUCGUCGUACGACAUAUUAUAAUAUAGAUGUAUAAAAUUUAUGUAUUAAAUAUACGUG